AUGGCAGGGACGCACUACAUACUAGAGCUUGAAGGGAAUAAGCGACCACAGAAUCAGGACCUCGGAGUACGCACCAACGACUUCGAAGAUUGGAUUCUGGCGAACUUCUGCGUCAUCGCUGGUCUAUCAACCAUCGGGUUUGUGGUGCGAUACUGGUAUCAAGUCAUUGCGCUCACUCUCCAGUCAUUCUUCUACUGGACUUGCACAAUGAGUGGUCUCUGGCUACUAUUGUGUUUGCUGAAACGAGCUAUGAGUUACUACCGAAAGGUCAAAGGACUUAAACACGAAGACGCAUGGGGUGUCCUUAUUAGUGUCAAUGUUCUACGGUUUUAUAAUCGAUUCGAGGGAUGUCACGCUGAUGGGGUCCCUGGACUACUUCUUGAUGCUGGUCGCGUUCCGUUUGAACUACUCAAGUUCCUGGUUAAUUCAAUCGGCUUUAAACUCGGCAGCCGCAAGAAGAUCUUGUAG